UUAGUCCUUGCUACGGGGGGACGGUCCGGAUGGGAUUUGAACCCGGUCCUGCCGUGUGGACAGGCGCCGUUUAUCACAUGCACCACCGGGCCGCCCUGUAACGUAUAUACCUUGCGCAAUUAUAAAAAAAAGUUUUAAAUCCAUCUGUUUUUGAUUGAUAUUUUGACAAGCGCAAUUGUUUUACUAUAGUGUUUAUAAAAUAAUUCGAAUAAUUUACGUAUCAAAUAAACAAAAAACAAAGUAUUACUGAAUACUAUCUUUGCGUAUGUGUGUAGCAAAGAAACUUUCUAGCAAGGAAUAUGAUGUUAUGAUUUACUAUAGUUUAGUAAACAAAACUCGGUGUGUGGUCGUAGCUGAUUUACAAAAUCAAACGGUGCAGUCGAGCAGAUACGAGGCAUGUCGAGCAGUGGAUUCGAGCACUUGUACAUUUUAUUGUUUUUCUACUUUAAGUAUGGUUUUAAAUUUAAUGAGAAAUUAAGAAUAAUAAAAUAUUGAAUGUAAAAAAAGGGAUGGCAUAGAACGAAUAAAGUAGAUCAUAAUGAUAUAACUUUUGUUUUGAUAAUCAUUUACCGAAAUUCUUAUUUAUUGAGGGCACAUUUAAACAACCAGCAUCAUGUUUUUGACCGUUUAAUCGUGUCUCGGGAUGCUUUGUAACUCAGCACAAAGCAUACAUUACGUACAUUGACCCGAUGUAAUCGUGUCUCUGGCACUGCUGUCUGAUUCGGUUGUACGAGUAAGCUUCAAAUUAAGCACUUCCGGUAGGGACAAUUGAAACCUUUCCGUUGAAAGAGUUAUCGUUGGAAUAGUGCGCUGGAUUUGUAGGAUGCUGUUUUCAGAUUCAUUCAAUUGCUGAACGCUAAAACCAGACAAUACGUGUACGAGCGUUUGGUACGCUUCGUUUGGUUUUUGAAUAUUGGUGGUAGUUUGGGUUUCAUCCUCGUGCAUUGUGGACGGUAUGGAUGAAAUAAAAAAGGCACUAUCCGAGGCAGAUCCCUUUGCCAGUUGGUGGCCAUUUAUUAUAGCCGGAAUAGUGUUCGUGAUCGGCACUAUCAGGACGUACAUGGGUGGACAGCCCUGCCCGAAUGGGAACACCAUCCCAGAUCGUGUCAUCGUGAUAACGGGCGCUUCAGGUGGCAUUGGACGUGAAGUAUGCCGUGAGCUGGCCCGACGAAAAGCGGGAUGUUUGGUAUUGGCGUGCCGCAGCACAGAGCAGGGUGAUGAGUUGCGCGAGCUAUUGCACCGGGAAGCGCCAACCUGUAAGUGUGAGGUGCUAGUACUGGAUCUUCGCUCAUUUGACAGUGUUCGCAGAUUUGUGCGUCAGGUGCAGGAAAACCAUCCGACGGUGGACGGAUUGGUUAACUGUGCCGGAGUUAUUUUCCAACCAGGUGGACGUACAGUGGACGGAUACGAGCAGCAUCUGCAGUGUAACUUUUUGUCUCACUUUCUGCUAACGCAACUGCUUCGACCACAGCUGGUUCGAUCGCAGCACGGUGGCCGGGUGGUGAACGUGUCCGCCCAUGGAUACACUGCCGCCAAGAUUGUCGAUCGUGCGGAUCCACUAAAUGUGCGUCAGCUUGAUAUAAGUGGACGGGAUGCUUUUGCGCACUCGAAGUUGGCUAUUGUGUUGGCUAGCAGAGUGUUGGCAAGAAAGUUGAGAGCAGAGAGCCAUCAAACCACCGUCAACUGCUGCUCACCUGGGUUGGUCCGAGGCACCGGUCAUUUGCGUCACUCACCCAUCAUGAAGGCACUGUUCGCGAAGGUGCUAACCUUUCCAUGGAUGUGGCUGUUUAUGAAGAGUCCGGCACAGGGCGCACACACCAUCGUUCGCCUUGUGUCGGAUCCGGAACUCGCAAGCUGUAAUGGAGACUUUUUCAACGACUGCGAACGGGUUGAGGUGUCCGAGCUGGCAAAAGACGAUGAAUUGGCCGAACGUUUGUAUCAAGCCGCUCUCAGCGCGGUUGGUUUGAGUGAACCAAUGGAGAUGGAGCAUACCAAAGGAAAGAAGGAGUAAACGAGCACACGAAAUCGACGCUGUGUGAUGCGAAUUGCAUACGACAACAAAUAUACCCUAGCGGGCAUGCAAUCCGCAUAACAUAAUCUCCUUUUAACGGUUCGAUUCAAUGUUAUUUAGGAUGAUCCAUGUUUGCGACUGUUUUAUAUUAACUGCUUAAGAAAAAUGAAUUCAAAUAAUACUAUUAUGUUUCUGCUAAUGCUACCAUCACACGCGAACCUGUGUAUAUAGGCACAGGAAAUCAAUCUUCCAUGUUUUACCCUUUCUAAAUCUAUAUUUAAUGGUUGUCUUCUUUCGUUUAUGCUUUGUUUUGCUUUCACCAUUCCGAUUUUUGUUUCUUUCUCACCUCGAAGAUAUCUUCCGACACGGAAAAUUUACCUGAUUACCAUGUAUCUUUGUAUUUUCUGACACUUUUACAUCUACCUUCUGGUUGGGUGCGAUAAGGAUGCGAUUAAAUGCUCUCCCUUCCGUCAUUACUGUGUGGUAGCAGUGCAAAAUAAACAGGGGCUCGUGAUGAGGCUGUCCGAAACUGCACCCCCUAGCGGAUGUUAGGCAACGAUGGUAAAGAAGAAACAUCAUAAAAGAUAAUUUAACACUCCUAAUAUUUGGGAACAGACUGUAAUAUGCCCGUGCCUUAUUGUUUUCCUUUUUUGUCACUGGGGGGACCACUGAGUGGUGGAUGAAAUGGUUAUCGUUUAUAACUUUUGCUGUAAAGUUACACCAUUUACUUACCGUACUCGCUGGAAGUUUCUUUCAUGCAAUAAUGGGAAGCAUUUCUUUGGGAUGCUUUCCUGGGAUAGAGAGCAGAAAGUAUUUUUUUUUGGGUUCACUAUUUCGACUAUUGGAUCGAGUGUAAUGUGCUUCAGUGUCGGGGAAAAAAAACCCAUAUGCAGCGGCUGAUUGCUUCAACAAGCGGUAAAGGUGUGUACAGCUACUCUGACAAAGUGACAUAUUUCGCAGCCAUCUGCCACAUUUCAACAACCAUUACAACUUACACGGUUGUAGCGCAUCUUGCCAUGACCCAUUCCUACCCAUUCGACCAAUUGACACAUUUCCUUUCCAUUACAUCGUUUUACAAAGUGGGCUCUGUUUUCAACGCCUUGCUGUGCACCACACACCAUUAAAGUACGCCAUAAAAGCAACCGACCCAAUCAGGCUGAUAAGCGUGAGAAGCGUUCCACAACCACUGUGCUAUCGCAUCCACUCACACGCACGUUACCAUUAAAUCCCAACGUGUCCUUUACCAGCAUCCCAAUCGCCUAGCAUUAAAUAACGCAGAGAGUGUGAUAAAAAUUUGCAUUAAUCAGCCGCCUGUUGUAAUGGUUCGUUCGGCACCGUUUCACAACACAUUUUCGGAAACAAAAUGAAACCCUGGUUGAAGUAAUCAUUUCAUUCUGAUUUGUUUUGAUCCAUUUAAUUAAAUUCUUAUUUUUCUCUAUUUUUAUAAUUUUUCCACAUGCGCCCCAUCUUAAGCCGCACACAUUCAUGACGUGUUUUAGGACAAAAUUGCGCAUAGAAUUGGUUGGUUGUCUUUUUAUUUUGCUUGGUUUUGUGUGUGUUUGUUGUUGCUGCUGAUGCUGUUUUUAGUUUGUGGAGUGGAGGGAGGGGGGAGGGGGGGGGGAUAUAAUGUGCAAGUGUUACAUCAUCUCGGUGUGUGGGAAUAUACGUGAACUGUGUACUCGUGUUUAAGUAUGUAUAUGCAAUAUAUCAUAGAGCGAAAGAGAAAGAGAGGUGUACAUCGUUGUGUUCGGUGUUGUGAGGGGUAUUAGAGAUGAAUAGAAUAUAAUGAAGUGUUAACAGACUGUCCGCCUUUCUAACCUUAUUGUUUAUCAUCCUCUUUCUGUUUCUAGCUCUCUUCUCUGUUUUCUAUUUCUCUUUCUCUCUUUCUCUCUCUCUCUCUUUCUUUCUCUCCUUCUUUUCUUCUUUUUUCGGUCAUUUCUGUUUCCUCAAAGAUGCUAACGUUUUAUCUAUCGUGUGAUUAUCAACUCUUAUUAUCAACUUUAUUUUCUCUUCUGUGUAUGUGUGCGCGAUUGUUUAAGCGAUUGAGUGUUAUUUUGUUUUUUGUUACGUUUUUCACUCUGUUUUAUAUCUAACGUUUUCUUGUAGUGUCUUAAGAUUUGUUUAAGAAGUUUUGGUUCGUUUUUGACUUAUUUCUUUUUUCUUUUUCUUCCUUUUUAUAGUGUGGUCUAGUAAUGUAAUGCAUGCACAUGAUAUAUUUGUGUUUCGUUUUCCACACUUGUUUUUUUCAUUGAUUCAUCUCCCAACCAUUCUAUUGGUACUGGCCACUGCUACUUGGUUCUCGAAUGUAUUGGUGCUAAAAACUUGUCAAUGCAGUACGCACUGGAGGUUAGUGUUUUGUUUUCGCUCGUUACAUCGCAGACACACUUACCACCUGCCCGUUGGUGGGUGGAAGGAAAAGGAAGUAACAUUGUAUAUAGAUAUAUAUAUAUUCAUUGCAAAACGUUGCAUUAAACAUAACUAAACAUAAACAGAAAAUUAGAAACAAACAA